UCCCUCAAACAAUUUUUCCACCUCUCAUUUUAUCACUUCUUCUCAAAAAGAGUAGAGAAGAAAAAAUUCUUCAAAAAACAAAAUACCAUUAAUAAUAAUGAUGAUGAUGAUUGAAUCAUCCUUAGCCGUCGUAUUCCGUGGAGCUACAACCACUGCUUGCUCCUCCUCCUCCCCCCUCUUCUUCUCAGGUAAUAUUCGUCCAUGGUGGAGUACAGAAGAUCAUCACAGUACUCGUAGAUUGUCACAGGCUGCUGGAAGUCAUUAUCACCAGCACCACCACCAUUGGACACCUACGAGAACGAAUAAUUUGGAGAAGAGGAUUAGAACAGCAGCAGCAUCAUCAGCUGGAUCAGAUAAUUCAUCUGGGUGGAAUGGAGAACCAAAUUACCAUCCCUUUGAAGAGUUUGGAGCAUCUACUGAUGAUUCUGUACUUACACCUGCCGAAACAUGUAGAACUCUGAUUGAGGUAAACAGCAAAGCGACACUGAUGUUCUCAGGAUUGGUCGAUGAUCAAGUCCACGAGAACAUUUUCUGGCCAGAUUUGCCUUAUUUAACAGAUGAACAUGGAAAUAUUUACUUUGAGGUAAAUGAGGACGAGGACAUUCUGAAAACCAUAACUUCUCAAGAAAACUACGUGCAAGUUAUUAUAGGCUUAGAUACUAAAGAAAUGCUUAGCGAGAUGGAACUUGACCAAGCAGAAAUUGAUUAUGGCAUGGAAGAAAUUGGGGAUGAGGAUAGUGACGGCAAUGAUGAUGACGGUGGAGAAGGUGAUGAAGGAACCGACGAUGAUGACUAUGAUGAUGAGGAUUGGGUAUCCGUCCUAGAAGGUGAUGAAGAUGAGACCGAUUCUGAUGAGACACUUGGGGAUUGGGCGAAAUUAGAGACAAUGCGUUCUUCUCAUCCAAUGUAUUUUGCUAAAAAGAUGUCUGAGGUUGCAUCAGAUGAUCCAAUGGACUGGAUGGAUCAGCCUCCAGCUGGUCUUGCUAUUUCAGGCCUUUUACGACCUUCAUUCUUUGAAGAAAACUCUGCACUCCGGAAACAAUUACCACAAAAAGAUUCUGAUAAGGUAGACACUAAGGCUGGGACUGCAAAUGGGGAUUCAAAAGAUACUAUAAUCAACGGUCAGCAGGAUAAGUCAAGUUUAACAGAUUCGUCUGAAGAUGGUUCAGAUAGGGAAGAUCAAUCGGGGAAAGACGAAACCCCGAGAAGUUCAUUCUACAUGCUAGAGAUGGCGAAGAUCCAACUGGUUUCUUCAGAUGGAAAUCAGUCUGUUGUGGAAGUACACGACUUUCAGAAAUCUCAACCAGAUGCUAUUGCUCAUUCUGCUGAAAAAAUCAUGUCUCGCUUAAAAGCUGGAGGGGAGAAGACGACACAAGCUCUCAAGUCUCUUUGUUUGAGAGUUAAAGGUUUCCCAAUAGAGGAGGCAACAGUCAUAAGUGUAGAUAGUCUUGGCUUCGACCUGAGAGUUUGCUCAGGAACUCAAGUGCAAACCUUAAGGUUUGCAUUUAGUACACGGGCCACUUCAGAGUACAGUGCAGAGAGGCAAUUUCACGAGUUACUGUUCCCGAGGAGCCAGCAAACUGCGCAAAAGCAGCAAGAAGCUAGCCCAACAGAAUCAUAAAAGUUCUACAUUCUUCAUUUCUCAUUUUUUUAGAAUUUUUUCGUGUUGGGCACUGCAUACCAGAUUUUGCAGGCUGACAAAUUUUACACAGACUUGCAACUUAUGUGUUUUACUCUCUCAUUACAUGAAAUGAAAAAUCUGGUUAUUUCAGAAUUGCAUUUUCUU